UCUUUGACAAAGCAAAUUUUCACAUUGUGUUUAAUGCAAAUUAUGAAACUAUUUAUGGACUACGAAAAAGCUUGGUCUAAAUAUACUUUUGAAUAUUUUUUAAGGGUUAAAAAGCCAUUUAAUCAUAAAACAUGUUUGGCUCGUACUCCUGGCAAUACCAACAGUUUAGAAGAUCCGAAUGUUAUUCAACAGUAGGACUGACAUAAUAAACGGUGAAAAGCAUCAAAAAUGUUUGUAAUUUCAUCUUCCAAUUUGUUACGGGUCUACGGGAAUGUGAAGCUAUACCCUAGAUAUUUGUCUAAGUUUAUUCCACGAAGGACGCUCUUAUAUGUUCCUGGGUGUGACGAAAGAAAAUUAAGGAAGGCCCGCAAACUCAAUGUCGAUCUUGUUGCUUUUGACUGUGAGGAUGGAGUUGCUCUUAAUCAAAAGGAUACCGCCAGGCAAAGGAUCCGAGAAAUGUUGGAUUGUAGAUCGUGGCCCUGUAGUAGGCCAGAAUGGGGAGUACGAGUGAAUGCAGUGAGUUCUGAAUUAUGCUACAUGGAUUUAGAGGCUAUAUUAAGUGGAAUUAACUGUCCUCCUUGCAUACUGUUACCCAAAGUGAACACCAUCAACGAAAUGCACUGGUUUGCAGACACUGUGAGUAAUUUAUAUUCACAUACAUCUCCAAUUAACUUAAUCGUGUAUAGCGAAACUGCAGUCAGUAUGAUGAACUUACCUAAAAUUGUAAAUGCUGGAAUUGAAAUAGGGAAACAUUCUCCACUGAAUCUUGUAGCUCUUGUAAUGGGUAGCGAUGACUACGUUGCUGAUAUAGGUGCAACGAGGACAAAAAGUUGUUCUGAAAUAAUAUAUGCAAGGCAGAGACUUGUAAUGGUUGCAAAAGCUUUUGAGUUACAAGCCAUUGAUAUGGUGCAUAUUGAUAUUCAAGAUUUAGAUGGUUUGAAAAAGACCUCCGAAGAAGGUGCAGCCUGGGGAUUCACAGGCCGGCAAAUUAUACAUCCCUCCCAAGUUACUAUUGUCCAAGCAGCUUAUAGUCCUUCCGUAGAUAAAAUUAAAUGGGCUACAGAACUUAUAGAUGCAUUCAGAAGUCACCAGGAAUUAGGAAAAGGAUCAUUUGUUUUCCAAAAUCAAAUGAUUGAUAUGCCAACUCUAAAACAAGCAGAAAAUAUUAUUACCUUAGCCGAUGCAACUGUAAAUCAUAAAUAACUUUUCUCUCCAGUUUCAAAUUAUCUCUUAGUCUGAAAUAUGUAAAUACAUGAAAAGAUAUAAUAAAAUAAGCAAGAAUUGUAUAUAAU